AUGGAAGCGCGAGGUAUACCGGAGGAUCUGCUCCGGUGGGUUGAGGCGUUCUGCUCGGAACGGACGGCGACCAUUCAAAUCAAUGGGCAAUCGUCUGAAGUCCAAAGCCUGCCCCAGGCUGGAUUACCACAGGGCUCGCCGCUGUCUCCAAUCCUAUUCCUCUUCUUCAACGCAGACCUGGUUCAACGACAGAUCGACAGCCAGGGAGGAGCAAUCGCGUUCGUGGACGAUUUUACCGCAUGGGUGACCGGACCGACUGCCCAGAGUAAUCGGGAAGGUAUCGAAGCAAUUAUCACUGAAGCACUCGACUGGGGGAAAAGAAGCGGAGCGACCUUUGAGGCAGACAAAACAGCUAUCAUACACUUCGCUCCCAAGGCUCACAAAACCGACCAGGAGCCUUUCACUAUCAAGGGACAGACCGCUGUGCCUAGAGACCAUGUCAAGAUCUUGGGCGUUAUCAUGGACACGAGACUCAAGUAUAAGGAACAUAUCGCGAGGGCAGCGUCUAAAGGCCUGGAGGCAGCGAUGGAGCUUCGGCGACUUCGCGGCCUAACGCCAGCGACCGCACGGCAGCUAUUCACAUCGACGGGCCGUCCGUGUUCUGCUCAUAUUUUCUGA